UUGCGUAGGGUGGGUGGAAAUACUCAGGCCCGGUCCCUCGCCAGCUUUCACGCUGCCACGGUCUGCUUUCCUCCCUCCAGCGCCCCGGCUGCCUUCCCAGCCCUCCGGAACUUUGCAGCUCCCUAUCGGUUUCCGGCCGGUCGCUGAAGCUGCCGGAAGCGGAAGUGCUCGCCGGCAGUGCCCUGGAGGGUAGCUGUGGUUUCGCAGACGGUGGAGUAGCGAGCCAUGGAGCACGUGACGGAGGGUUCCUGGGAGUCUCUGCCUGUGCCACUACACCCGGGGGUGCUGGGCGCGCUGCGGAAGCUGGGCUUCCGGUGCAUGACGCCGGUGCAGUCUGCAACUAUCCCUCUUUUCAUGAAAAACAAAGAUGUCGCCGCAGAAGCGGUCACAGGUAGUGGCAAAACACUGGCUUUUGUCAUCCCUAUUCUGGAAAUUCUUCUGAGAAGGGAAGAAAAGUUAAAAAAGAGUCAGGUUGGAGCCAUAAUCAUCACCCCCACUCGAGAGCUGGCCAUUCAGAUAGAUGAGGUCCUGGCUCAUUUCACGAAGCACUUCUCACAGUUCAGCCAGAUUCUUUGGAUUGGUGGCAGGAAUCCUGGGGAAGAUGUUGAGAGGUUUAAGCAACAAGGUGGGAACAUCAUUGUGGCCACACCAGGCCGCUUAGAGGACAUGUUCCGAAGGAAGGCUGAAGGCUUGGAUCUGGCUAGCUGUGUGCGUUCCCUGGAUGUCCUGGUGUUGGAUGAAGCAGACAGACUUUUGGACAUGGGAUUUGAGGCAAGCAUAAACACCAUCCUGGAGUUUCUGCCAAAGCAGAGGCGAACGGGCCUCUUCUCUGCUACUCAGACACAGGAAGUAGAGAACCUGGUGAGAGCAGGCCUCCGGAACCCUGUCCGGGUCUCAGUGAAGGAGAAGGGUGUGGCGGCCACCAACACCCAGAAGACCCCCUCCCGCCUGGAGAACUACUACAUGGUAUGCAAGGCAGAUGAGAAGUUUAAUCAGAUGGUACAUUUUCUUCGCAAUCACAAACAAGAAAAACACCUGGUCUUCUUCAGCACCUGUGCCUGUGUGGAGUACUAUGGGAAGGCUCUGGAGGCCCUGGUGAAGGGUGUGAAGAUUAUGUGCAUUCAUGGAAAGAUGAAAUAUAAACGUAAUAAGAUCUUCAUGGAGUUCCGCAAAUUGCAGAGUGGGAUUUUAGUGUGCACUGAUGUGAUGGCCCGGGGAAUAGAUAUUCCUGAAGUAAACUGGGUUUUGCAGUACGACCCUCCCAGCAAUGCAAGUGCCUUCGUGCAUCGCUGUGGCCGCACAGCCCGCAUUGGCCACGGUGGCAGUGCUCUGGUGUUCCUCCUGCCCAUGGAAGAGUCAUACAUCAAUUUCCUUGCAAUUAAUCAAAAAUGCCCCCUGAAGGAGAUGAAGCUUCAGAAAAAUACAGCUGACCUUCUGCCAAAGCUCAAGUCCAUGGCCCUGGCCGACAGAGCUGUGUUUGAAAAGGGCAUGAAAGCUUUUGUGUCAUACAUCCAGGCUUAUGCAAAGCAUGAAUGUAACCUCAUUUUCAGAUUAAAGGACCUUGAUCUCGCCAGUCUUGCUCGAGGUUUUGCCCUGCUGAAGAUGCCUAAGAUGCCAGAACUGAGAGGAAAGCAGUUUCCAGACUUUGUACCCAUGGAUGUUAAUACGGAUACUAUUCCAUUUAAAGAUAAAAUUAGAGAAAAGCAGAGGCAGAAACUACUGGAGCAACAAAGAAAAGAGAAAACAGAAAAUGAAGGGAAAAGAAAAUUCAUAAAAAAUAAAGCAUGGUCAAAGCAGAAGGCCAAAAAGGAAAAAAAGAAAAAAAUGCUUAAGAAAAGGAAAAGAGAAGAGGGUUCUGAUAUUGAAGAUGACGACAUGGAGGAACUACUUAAUGACACAAGGCUUUUGAAAAGGUUUAAAAAAGGCAAAAUUAGUGAAGAAGAAUUUGAGAAAGGAUUGUUGACAAGUGGCAAAAGAACAGCUAAGACAGCAGAUUUAGCGAUCUCAGAUUUGGAAGAUGACAGCUGAUUCCAGUGCCACAGACAAACCCAGCAGGACACAGCUGGCCCCACCCUCAGCAGAAGGCUCCUGUUUGCCUUGACUGAAAAUCAGAACUUCAGGAGACUUCUGAAAAGAAUCCUUCCAGACUGGGGGGAAGUGAGAGAUUUCACACUUGUGAGUAUUCUACUAAAAACACAGCAGUCUUGAGGAAUUCUGUCAGAGAAAAUGGAAAAUUAUUUGAUAGAAAUAAUAUCAAUAUUUGUAUAUCUUGAUCACUUAUGAAAGAGCUCAUUUAUUUUGAGGUUAUACUUAUUUUUUUCAAAGGUACUGAAAUGUACUUGAUUUUGGCUUUUUAAAGUUCCUUCGUACUUUGAGGCACUGACCUCCCUGGGUAUCCUUGUCUCUGGACUUCAGCUACUCUGUGACACCCUGGAUAAGGCACCAGCAGGGGUGGCUAAUGUGCUGGGGGUUUUCUAAGAAUAGUCCCACUGCUGUUUUAUUGGUGAAUAGCUGAAAACCAGGAAGCAAGUGGGAAAGAAAACUACUAUAAUUUUAUGCCUUGUGUUGAAUAAACUGUAUAACCUAA